AUGUUGUCAGUACGGAGAACUCUCUCCGUUAAUACAAUUUUUUUGAAUAGAAUAUUUCCCCGGUCUUUUGGUCAUUAUAAGCUGACUAUCAGUGAUACAUUAGGAGAGCUUCCAUCUAACGAUAACUUCAAAACACCCAGAAUAAAAAAAGAACUCCAAAACACACUCAACCAUCUAGAAGAAACUAAAAAUGAUUCCGUCAAAUUUUAUGUCACGCUCAAUAGACUUGAUAAGCUUGGUUAUCUUGAUUCCAAAUCAAAUGAUUAUUAUCUUUUAUAUCACACGAUGAUCUUGAAGAAUUUUAGACACAUUUUGCACAAUCAUCCCCUGUACGAUUUUCAGCUAUUCGAAUACUGUUUUGUCAUGUUGGAACAGGAACAAAAGACCAUCACUAGACAUUUGAUACUAUCUAAUGCCAAACGUGAAAGUAUUUAUGAAAUAUUGGCAAGUAUGGGAGCACUAUUGAUUGAAAACCAUCCGAGCGAUGGGCAAAUAGUACGAUAUUUGGAAUACAUAAAUAGAUACAAAUUAUUUGCUUCCAAAUUGGCAAGAUAUGCUUCAUAUGACAAGGAAAACAUGAUUAUGACUUUGGAUUUCAUGAAGCAAAAAUUUUUGUUAAAUUUUGCAAUUUCAAGGAAUGAUUAUUUUUCUGCAAUCGGUACAUUCAAAUCAAUAUUAGAAAUAGACCAGAGGAAUUCAGGAAGCCCUAAGCUUAAUGUGAUUGGCUGCAAGGAUUUUUUUAAAUUUGUGAACUUGGCAAUUGAUAAUAGCGAUUCUGAAAAUGUUGAAUUUCUUAUUAGACAAUCUAGAAUACUUGAAAAGAGCAUUUUAUUGUCCUCGAAACAGGUCUCAUAUUUGUUUAAGAAAACCAUUUUCAAGAAAGAUAUUCUAUGCUUUGAAAUAUUAGUAAAGCAUUACAACUAUUUACUCAGUUCGUUGCCACCAGCUUUAUUAGUUAUACUUUUAGAAAAGACAAAAAAUUAUGAUGUUAUCAUAUUGUUACUUAAAAGAUUGAAUAAGCAUCAUUCGUGUAACUUGCAAAAAACCUCAAUCAAUGCCAUAGGUGAUGUAUAUUUGAGGGGAGUUGAAAAAAAUGAAAAUCAGAUAGAUAAUUUUUUGACCAUUUUAAACAGCAUCGAUACCUCCUUGUUAGUUGACAGUGAACCGCUCAUCGAAAGGCUAUUUGAUUUACAUUUACAAGGAAAUGUUUCACUGAAGGUAGUUUCUAAAAUUAUGGGGUUGGUCUUGACGUCAGACACAUCAUUCAUAGUGAAAAGAUUUGUCUCGCUGGGAAUUUUUAGUGUUAUUUAUAAAAAUAAUACUUCCACAUUCAGGAAGAUUGACAAUAUUUCGAUUUUUGUUGAUGAGGUUAGUCGCUCUGCCCUUGACAACUCUUCUAAGUUUGAGCUUCUCAAAUUUUCUAUCUUGAGUCAGGACUUUUUGGUUCACUUUUUUGGGAAAGUUUGUUAUAAUUACGCUGGUAGUGCACCAUUUAUAUAUAGGUUCUUUAGGAAAUUCAUUUCACCAGAAUCAGAGAAUCUUGUUUUAAAAGAACAUCCCUUAAAAAUUUAUUUUGAUUUUCAUAAUGUGCUAGAAGCGAUAUAUUCAUCUGGAAUUAUAUCAGGAUUUAGAGCAACUAAUUUCAAGAUGGCACAAUUCUUUCUUGAAACCUACUUGAUUCGCUGCUAUCAGAAUGAAAGUCUGCCAAAGAGUUUAUUAGAUAAGUUGUGCCCCGAUCUCUGCAACAUUAUGACCCCGAAGCCCUCACUACGUGGAGAUGUAAACCCAGGUCAUUUAAAAGUUCCUGGUAACAUAUUAAAGUUUUUACGUGAAUUAAAACUUAACUCAAAUUCUAAUGGAUCCAGGACCAAAAAACACUUUAGGCAACUUAUAAAAGCUGACAGCAGUAACUACAAAAAUAUCAAGGUUGAAGGAUUGGGCCAUCUCAUGUUACCACUGUAUCAUGUCAAUAACAUAAAGAUUCGACCAACUGAUCCAGAAAAUGACUUCUUACGGAAAAUGGAUCGUAUCUUUCACAAAGUUCAACUGAUUGUUGAAUCUUCAUAA